GAGUCUAUAUAUAGUGCCUGUUCCACAUACCUUGAUGAUACCCCAGUAGUAGUGAAGCUUCCUCUAUCUUCAUAAUAGUUUUUAUUCCAGUGCUUGUAAACCAAACAGCUUAGCCAAGUUGGAAUCUUUGAGAAAGAAAAAAUGGAAGGAAAAGUUGUGAGUUCAAGAUUCAAGAGGGUUUGUGUUUUCUGUGGCAGCAGUACUGGGAAGAGAAAUUGCUAUAGAGAUGCUGCCAUUGAGUUAGCCCAAGAGCUGGUGUCAAGGAGGCUGGACCUUGUCUAUGGAGGUGGGAGUAUUGGGCUAAUGGGUCUGGUUUCACAAGCUGUGCAUCGUGGUGGGGGCAAAGUUCUUGGAAUCAUCCCCAGGACUCUAAUGUGCAAAGAGCUAACAGGUGAAACGGUUGGGGAGGUAAGGCCAGUAGCCGACAUGCAUCAAAGAAAGGCAGAAAUGGCCCGCCAUUCUGAUUGUUUUAUUGCCCUACCAGGUGGGUAUGGAACUUUGGAAGAGCUAUUGGAGGUCAUAACUUGGGCUCAACUGGGUAUCCAUGACAAGCCUGUGGGCCUUUUGAAUGUUGAUGGCUAUUACAACUCUCUUCUGACUUUUAUUGACAAAGCAGUGGAUGAUGGCUUCAUCAAGCCUUCUCAGCGCCACAUCAUAGUGUCUGCUCCUAAUGCUAAAGAGCUUGUUCAAAAACUUGAGGAGUACGUGCCUGUGCAUGAUGGAGUCAUAGCCAAGGCAAGGUGGGAGGUUGAGCAACCACCACAGCAGCAGCAACAACAGGUGGGGUUCAAUGCCACUACUUUGCAGACUGGGAUCGCUCUAUAAAGAGAGACAUGUGAAAAGAAGGAAAAAAAAAAAAGUUAGGGAAAAAGGUGCUUUAGGUUCUUUGCUUUUUGCUCAUAUUUUGGGUAAUAUACCAAACCAUAUCAUAAUGGUAUGGUAAAGGUUUGAUUGACUAAUGGUUAAAUCAAAAUUGACAAAAAAAAAAAAAAAAAAAAAA